AUUUUACGCACUGAAGUAAACGUCAAAUAACUAGAGUUUUUUCGGCACUAGUGCAUAUAGAGUGAAACUUUACACACGAUAGGAAGCUAUAAAUUCACAUGCGAACAGAGAAAACCCGAAUUUACCCAGUUUAGUGAUCAGCAGACCGUCAUCAACAUUAUCAAAAGCUUUUUCACAGUCCGUCAUGAUCACAUCUAACUGCUCCUUAUUGUCAAUAGCCUUAGCUGUUGCUUCUGUCCUCUUUUCAAAAAUGUUUGCAAGAGAUUUGAGAACACUAUGCAUGAUACAUGAUGAUCCUGAUAUCAUAUUUAUAGCGCUUACUUGCAUAUGUGGUUAUUCACUUGCUGCUGAAGAAGGCGCCGCUAAGACUCUACAAUAUGAGUUUAAAAGAGACGGAGAUGCUCAGUAUAAGUUCAGUUUUGAAACCAGUAACGGUAUCAAAAGGGACGAAACCGGAGACGAAAUACCAUCGAUACACGACGAAACCAAUAAAGCAGCUUUGGUAAAAGGCUCGUUUACAUAUCCGGGAGCGGAUGGUAAAAUUUACACCGUCAACUACGUAGCUGACGAAGCGGGAUUCCAUCCAGAGGGAGACCACUUAAAGAUUCCUCCGUUCACGCCAUGGAUCCCUGGACAACCAAUCGACGACGGUCAAUACAAGGAUGAUACGUCCGGGUCUUAUAAACCAGACAAUUCGGGACAGUAUAGACCGAACGAGGGUGAACAAGAGGACAGUCCGAUUUUGGAACCUAAAAAGAAACUGGACAACUUUAAAUCUGGCGAACGUCUUCUCAGUGGUAUCCAGACGACUCCACAGACCCCAACGACGACCUAUUUACCUACACGCCUCCCCCAAAAGACCAACUACGUAUCGGGGGAGAACAUUUACGACACAUUUUUAUCCCCAAAGAAAGCACCGGGUACCACCACGUACCUCCCUCCCACGGGAACACCAUCCUACAACUCCGGAGAGAAUAUUUUGGGGGGAUUUAGGGAAUCUUCGAGGGUUACUCCCAAAUAUUUACCGACGCAAUCGUCACAGUCACUUUACACCACAGAAAAUCCAGGAUUGAAUCAGGAUUUUCUUAAGAGUUUAGUACUUUUUAAUAAACCGACUCCUCAUCCGGAUAUUUUAUUGCGUUCCACACCCGAUGGUAGUAGCAAGGUGCCAAGUAAGAUUGCUGGAUUGGGGCAGUACAGACCGUUUUCUUUAACGGUUCAUAGUGAGCAUAAAACUAAAAGGGACUCAAAGGGGUUCCAGUUCAACGACAUUAAUCCAGAGUUGAGGUUACUUGCUGGAUUAAUUAAGUAAGAAGCGAUUAGAGUUGGAUGUUAUGCGUUUAGAUGUUUAUUUUGUUAUUUUUUUUUAAUACUAAUUACUAGUCAUUAGAGUGUAGCUAUGAUAUUAAUGAUAGUCCUGGUUAUAAG